UUACUAUAUCUAAAAUUUGGGAGUAGAGCAGCUUUGUUCUAAGCCUAUAGUUCUCUCUAUAGAUUAUGAUUUGUGAUUCUAUUGAUGAAUAAAUGAAUGAACAUGGUCAAAACAGGUAUCGGUAAGGUUUAAAUAAAUUACACUGGAACAUAAUGAUCUCUAUAGCGAUAGUUACUAUCGAUUAUUCCAAUGCACACUUAUAAAUCGCAUCCGGCUUGACCAUGCACAAAUUUCUUGACCGAGCUUGGUGAAACCGGGCAAAAAACUUACAAAAAUAUUAAUUUUAAACUUGUUUUCACGCAACAGCUGAUACAAACUAGCUUGGCUAAGCUUCUAGUUUUUAACACGAUUAAUUUAACUCUUUUAACUGGGAUAAAAUCUUUUUGUGAUAAAUUGUUGAGAGAAAAAUGGGGGUCAAAGAUUUGAAAUUGGAGACAGCAGCAGAUGCUCAAAACUGGAAAUCCUACAUAGAUGCCGAAGUCAGAGCCAGAGAUUCUUGGAAUAAUAAAUGGGGAUGGAUACUAAAUGAAUACAGGGUCAUGAGCAAAGAGCUUCAAGAGCUUAGAGCAAAGCGUCCCGCAAUAAGAAAGGUUCAUCAAAUAAGAGAUCCGCGUACUGUACUUCCAUUUCCAGUCACCACUUCUCAAGAUAUUGGGUGGUUGUCGGGAAAAAGAGAUUUCCAAUUAGAAAUGUACGGUCCCUAUCCCAACACAAAAAACUCAAAACCCCCAUUGGAGCCACCUCAGCAACUUACUAACUGGAAGUUAUAAGAUGAUUUCAUACUGAAACGAAGGUGUUAGAGUAAUCAAUUAUAAUAUCGUGUGACCUGGCUGGCUCAGGACUGGUGUCGGGGUAAUCAAGGCCCAUCUAUUGUUUCAUGCAUCAUAACAAACUAUCCGGUAUACCCAUAUUGGAAGUACAAAUGAAUAAACAAGAUUAUUGAAGCAUUGAAAACAAUUCCCAAUAGCAAUAAAAUAGCAGAGAGCAACCAAAUUUUUAAAAAACUAAUAUGAUAGAAAUAAUUGUAGUAACAUGCUGUACAGUAAUCAAUUAUAAUACAUUUGUGAGUUUCA